AUGAAAUCUCAAAGUGAAAGGUCUCAUCGUACUUCUCCCUAUGAGGUCGAAAAUACUCCCAAGAGGAAAUGUAUGACAAAUGAGCAGCUUAACAUCCUUAACCCUUAUUAUGCCAAAAAUGAUCGCCCUACGAAGGAUGAUGUCGAAUUACUGGCCGAGGCGAUUGAUAUUCCAGUCCAGAGAGUUAGGAACUGGUUCAAUAAUCGGCGCGCCAAAGAGGCUAGACUACAACGGAAUUCAUCGCAGAUGCUGUUCCCUCUAUCAGAAUGCUGCUGGAAUAUGAACAUUGAUGAUACCGAUGCCAUGACCGAUUCGGAUGUCGACGAUGGCGAGCACGAGUCGGGUGAUGCCCAAAGUGCCCUAGACCAAGGGGAUCAGGACCAAGAAGCUCUUUAUCAAGAAGCCCGCGCCUGUGUAGCGACGAUGGCAGAAAUGUCACCCAAGGAAGUCGAUCUGCAGUUCAUCGAGCAAGAAACCCGCGCCUGUGUCUUGGCCAUGGCUAAGAUGACACGAGAGGAAGUCAAUGCGGCGUUCAUUCUGAGCAACCUCAAGCGACGAAUCAUCGUUCAUCCUCCCCAAAAAUGA